GAGAGAGAGAGAGAGAGAGAGAGAGAGAGAGAUUAAGAAGGAAGGAGAGACGGACGGGUAUGGCGGCUACAGGAUCUGGACGGUCUCAAUUCAUUUCCAGUUCUGGCGGUAACAGAAGCUUCUCUAACUCUCCCCUCAUCGACAACUCUGAUGAUUCCCAUCAGAUUAUUGUCUCUGAGAAGAAGAGCUGGAAGAAUUUCUUUGCUUACUUAGGCCCUGGUUUCCUUGUUUCCAUCGCAUAUAUCGAUCCUGGAAAUUUUGAGACUGAUCUGCAAUCUGGAGCACAGUACAAGUAUGAGUUACUUUGGAUCAUAUUGGUGGCUUCGUGCGCGGCUUUGGUGAUUCAAUCUCUUGCUGCUAAUCUUGGUGUCGUCACAGGAAAACAUUUAGCUGAGCAAUGUCGAGCUGAGUACUCCAAAGUUCCAAACUUUCUGUUAUGGGUCGUUGCAGAAAUUGCAGUUGUCGCUUGUGACAUACCUGAAGUGAUCGGAACAGCUUUUGCUCUGAACAUGCUCUUUAGCAUACCGGUAUGGAUUGGUGUCCUCCUGACAGGCUUGAGUACGCUGAUUCUUCUCGCCCUUCAAAAAUACGGGGUGAGAAAGCUGGAGUUCUUGAUAGCAUUUCUUGUGUUCACAAUUGCUAUAUGCUUCUUCGUUGAGCUCCACUACUCAAAGCCAGACCCAGGAGAAGUCCUACAUGGUCUCUUUGUUCCUCAACUUAAAGGAAACGGCGCAACUGGUCUCGCCAUCUCUUUGCUCGGAGCCAUGGUUAUGCCGCACAAUCUUUUCCUCCACUCGGCCUUGGUUCUCUCUAGAAAAAUCCCUCGUUCUGCUUCUGGUAUCAAGGAAGCUUGCAGGUUCUACUUGAUUGAAAGCGGCUUGGCUCUUAUGGUGGCCUUUCUCAUCAACGUCUCUGUGAUAUCAGUAAGUGGUGCUGUUUGUAACGCCCCCAACUUGAGCUCCGAAGAUCGAGCUAACUGUGAGGAAUUGGACUUGAACAAGGCAUCGUUUCUGCUACGGAACGUCGUGGGCAAGUGGAGCUCAAAGCUAUUUGCGAUCGCACUUCUUGCUUCCGGUCAGAGCUCUACCAUAACCGGAACUUAUGCUGGACAAUACGUUAUGCAGGGCUUUCUUGAUCUAAGACUCGAGCCGUGGCUCAGAAACUUACUAACAAGGUGCUUAGCUAUAAUCCCGAGUCUGAUUGUUGCUCUCAUUGGUGGUUCUGCUGGAGCCGGAAAGUUAAUCAUCAUUGCCUCGAUGAUCUUAUCUUUUGAGCUCCCGUUCGCGCUGGUUCCUCUCCUCAAAUUUACUAGCUGCAAAACCAAGAUGGGUUCCCACGUCAAUCCAAAGGCGGUUUCAGCUUUGACUUGGGUCAUUGGUAGUUUAAUCAUGGGGAUAAACAUAUACUAUCUAGUAAGCAGUUUCAUCAAGCUGCUUAUCCAUAGUCAUAUGAAGCUUGUGGCCGUCAUCUUCUGUGGGAUUCUUGGGUUCGCAGGCAUUGCUAUCUAUUUAGCCUCCAUAGCGUACCUUGUUUUCCGGAAAAACAAAGAAGCCUCUCCUCUUCUUUCCUCAAGAAACUCACAAAAUGUGGAGACACUUCCAAGACAAGACAUCGUCAACAUGCAGUUACCUAAUAAAGUGUCUACGUCUGAAGUUGAUUGAAUCUUUCAUAAAACGACGACUCCAAUAAAAUUAGAACCAAACCAACGAGUUCACAAAGACCUUUUGAUAGUACUGAAGGUCCCUUAAUCGGUUUGUGUCUUUUUUUUUCUUUUCUUACUUCAAUUAGAUUCUCAUAGGAACAAUCGUAUCUUCUAAUAAUACAUCAAUAAAACCUUUGCUUCUAUUAUCAUA